AUGACCGGCCUGACUCCGCCGUCCUACCCCACCUGUUCUCCGACGUCAGCCGGCAGCGAUACCGCCGGAAAGUGCAGAAAAACGGCCGGUUUUUACCCAGAUUUUCCGGAGCUCGUUCCGGCGAUUCCGGCCACCAAAUCUUGCGAUCAAGGUAUGGUUUCUCACCUAUUUUCCGAGCUCUAG